CCCCCCCAAUUCGACCUCCUCUUGAUAGUGCCCGGCGUCGGUGGUGUUACUGGCAUGCGGCAGCGGUGACCAUCAGCGGCUGUCUCGGAACAAACCACCUGCAGGAAGGGGACACGGCGGAACACAGUCACUUAUCUUUCACGUGCCGAAGAACAAGCGAGUGAAACAAGGCCCUCCUCGUCCUCGUCCUCUUCUUCGCCGUCUUUGCCCCAGCCAUGGAUUCUAAAGGGAACGAUAAUCAUGGCUUCACUGAUGACGGGAAGGUUGGGGCGGUGACAGAGAAGUUUGAAGUUGAGGAGAAGAAGACGAAGACGAAGAAAGCGAAGGAGAAAUGGACUUGUUGCCAGAUAGCGCUCGUGGUCUGGUGUCUGUCCUCCGUGGUGGCAGGCGUCUCACUGAUCGUUGCUUUUCCUUAUAUCUUCGACGCCGUCCUGGAAGCGAAGAUGGAGGUCUUGCCCGGGUCCUUUUCCUACGACUUGUGGCACUACACGCCGAUCCCGCUCUACAUCCGCUUCUACCUCUUCAACCUUACCAACCCUGACGAGUUCACGAAUGGCGCCAAGCCGGUGCUGCAGGAGGUGGGGCCCUACGUGUACAGGGAGUUCCACGAGAAGAUAAACAUAACCUUCAACCCCAACGACACCGUCACGUACUUCCAGCAGCGGUGGUGGCACUGGGACCAGGAGGCGUCGGGGAACAACACCCAGGACGACGAAGUGAUCAUCCUCAACACCGUGCCUGUGUCGGCGGCAUGGGCUGUACGGGAGAACUCAGGCCUCCUCUCGGGUCUCAAUCUAUUCUUCAAGCAGAUGGAUGAGAAUCUGACCCUCAGUGUUCCUGUGAGGCAACUCCUGUUUGACGGUUUCCCGGAUCCGCUCCUCGACUUCACGCAGUCCCUGUCCAACGCGUCCCUCCUGCCGCCUGGCCUGCCGUCCGGCCUCACCGACUACGACAAGUUUGGCUGGUUCUACAAGCGUAACCUGUCGGUGACGUACGACGGAAAAUUCAACAUGUUCACGGGGCACGACACGCUGGAGCACCUGGGUGUGAUUGACUGGUGGAACGAGAGCAACACGACGGAAUACUUCGAGUACCCGUGCAACGUCGUGAACGGCUCGGCGGGGGAGAUGUGGCCCCCCGGCCAGCAGAAGGACCUGGUGUCUCUGUACAGCCCCGACCUUUGCAUGACGAUGACACUCUACUACAAGGAGGAGACGAGGGACGUGAACGGCCUGCCGGGCUACAGGUACUGGGGCACCAACCAGACGCUGCCCGGCGACGGCUGCUACUGCGUCGAGGGCGUGUGUGCCCCCUCGGGCCUCGUCAACGCUGAGUCCUGUCGCAUGGGAGCCCCGGCCUUCGUGUCCUUCCCGCACUUCGCACACGCCGACCCCUCGCUCCUGGACGAAGUAGUGGGCCUCGAACCCGAUGAAGACAUACACAGCUUCGACCUCGACAUCAUCCCUGAGGUGGGCGUUCCGAUGCACGUGACGGCCAGGAUGCAGAUCAACCUCCUGGUGCGGCCCUACAAGGAGAUCAAGAUCCUGAGGCACGUGCCGGAGGUGUACCUGCCGCUGCUGUGGUUCGAGGAGGAGGCGGUGAUGCCCCACUCCCUGGCGUGGCAGCUCAAGCUGCUGCUCGUCAUCAUGAACACACCGCUGGUCAACAUCAUCUUCGGCUGCGUAGUGGCGCUGGGAUGUAUUGGUGCGACGCUCGUCUUUUUCUUCCGCUACAGAGCAAUAAAGAAGAGUCGUGACGAUGUUACAUAACUAUAGAGGGGCCUCGUGGAGCUGGGUGGUGUGGGUGCUGGCGGGCUGAGGAUGCCAUAGUGUUGAAUACGUGCAGGAAGGCAGUGGAGUCGUCAGCGUAUGCUCAAGUGGCAGGUGUGGGCCUGUAGGCUUAUUGGUGCAGGUCGUGGGUAGUGAGGGCAGUGGUGUGCCACCGAGUGUGAGUGAACAAAAACUAAAUUUGGUUUAGGGGGGGUGUGGACAGGGAAACAACAAGUAAACUGUAAAUACUAUAAUUGGGAGGGUAUUUAGUAAUAUUUAAGGUGACACCUGCUCAUCACGCCGCCCUCAAGAGGGCGCGAACGGCAAAGAGCUCAUAUAACCAGCCUGACCCCAACUCUUAAGUUUGUUUUGAAUGUUAAAAAUAUAUUUCGCAUCAUUUCAA